CAGAGGCGGAACUUCCGGGUGAUGGAAAGUUGUCAACAGUUUCUUAGGAGGAGAAUUAAUCUGUAAAUCUAAAUUCGUUAGUGUCGCUUUAAAGAAAAUCCAGUCCGAGUCUGCGCAAGAAGAGCGAAAUCGCAUUGUUUGUAUCGAUGUGUAGAUUAUCGGGUGAAUCUGAUGCGAACUGAUGAAGAAUAAACAAACUUCUCGGGUGUGGAUGAUCAAUCUCAAUCAGUCUCCAGGAAUCUAACGGGAUUUUAAUCUUUGUUUUUAUUAACGGAAUAUUCCCUCUCCUCUAGGGGUUUUGGCAGCAUGUGAACUGAGUCUUUAGUGUGUUAAAGUUCACAAAAUUUACGACUGUGUGUAACUUGACUCUUUAAAGUGACUGCAGGCUCAGUUUAAGGGUUAAUUCAGAUUUCUGGGGGGCUUCGGGUCUGAUUGUGCUGUUUCUUUGCGACUGAACUGCUCUGAUUCCUGUCAUCUGUUGAGUCGAUGCGGGUCAGUUUUCUGUUCUGCUCCUAAACUUGCUGAGUUUCUCGUCACCCUUUGGUUUUUCCACAUACAGAUCACCAUCGACGGAAACAGAACUUCUGGUUUUUGUAGUUACCAAACUUGUCCUGCAGACCUAAAAUGAUAUCCUGACAUGUUCAGGCCUUGAGCUGCAGCAAGAAAUCAUGUAAAACGCCCUAAUUAUGGUGUUUAUUUUCUUACCAUCUUUCGGUUAGGCUGUUUGAUCUUGAGAGUAUCAGAUCUGUGCAUGCAUGGCGAUCAGCAACCUCUGGAUUGUGUCCUGAGCUGUGAACACACAUACUGUACGACUGCCAGAGGAAACAGCCAUCAGAGCCGAGCCUUGCGCAACCGCUGGGCAGAGAACUGCUCUUAUUACUGUACUGGCUGCAGUUACACUCGAAACAGCCACAGAGAGAAAGAGGACAGAGCCAAAUGCAAUGGAAUAAAUUUGUUUAAGUUUUCAGUUUUAACAGAUUUUUACCUGCGGACAGAGAAUAUGAUUUAUCUAAUCCAGAUUGACUCGAGAGACUGAGCGGAAGAAAACCAAAUGGUUAGGACAUUAGUUUCUUAAAGCUUUUUGCUGUUCGGUUUCUACUGUAAAAUAAUGAACAACAAAGAUCGAGUUUGGAGCGCUUAACGUCACACGGCUCGGUGCAAAAUGAGUGGCGGAAAGAAACGGAGCGGUUUUCAAAUCACCAGCGUCACGUCGGACUACAAUCAGGGUUCUGGAGAACACCAUCCACCAGAGCUGCUCAGCCCUGGAACUCAAAGAGCCACGCCCCCUUCCGCCAGAAACCCCGCCCAUGGGAGGAGCCCCAGAAGCCAGACUGCAUCGCCCACUCAAAUCUUAUCCAAUGGGCUGUCUCUGCGCCAUAACCCCGCCCUCCAGAUGCAGCAGAGCUCCAGUCAGCCGACUACGCCCGUCACGGCUAGGAAGCACAGUUUGUUAGACGGGGCGUCACGUUUCCGCGUCGUGCGUUUGGAUCAAGGACCGGGCGAGCCGUAUAAACGCGGCCGCUGGACAUGUGUGGAUGUGAUGGAGAGGGAAGUUGAGGAGCGUGGGCUCCGCCGUGUGAUUGACAGCAUGAGACACGCCCACUCGCUGGAGUCCUUAGAGACAGUCGGGCUGGGCGGAGCUGAAGGAGCAGUGGGCGGAGCCAGACUCAAAUCAUUGAGCGUGCAGGCAGAUCACAUGGUACACUCGCAGGGCACCACCCACCUGCUGACCCAAUGCCGGACAGACUCCGCCCACAACGGCCAGCCCUCUCCCACACACGACACACAGCCAAUCAGGUCGCCGAUCACGCCGCGGAUGCGCAACAUACCCGCCCCACUGCGCCUCGACAUGGAUGCUGCCGGCAAGCUGCGGACCACACGCUCACAGCCGACGUCGCCCGGAUCUCGCCCGGGUCGAGACAGUCCCUUCUAUCCAGCGCUGACACCCAUCCAGACGCCCUCCGCUCUCGCGCUGGCGCAGUCCAUGUUCGGCAUGAGCCAAGCCUUUGAGUUUGUGGGAGACGACGGCGGAACUAACAGCAGCAUGAUUGCCAUCGACAACAAGAUCGAGCAAGCCAUGGACCUGGUGAAGUCUCACCUGAUGCUGGCGGUGCGAGAGGAGGUGGAGGUGCUCAGAGAACAGAUCAAAGAGCUGUCGGAGAGAAACGCUCAGCUGGAGAGAGAAAACUACAUCCUGCGAGCGCUCCGGGACAGAGACUGAGCCAAGGGCAUCAUGGGAGAUGUAGUUCAGCCUGAAAGGGAUGGAGCUGUUAAAGUGUGCUGUAUUGAGCGAUGAGUGCCUUAAGACGCAGUAACAACUAAUCAAGAAAUUAGUCAAUAAUGAUUUUGAUGACGCAUUAAACAGUGCCUGUAUUUAUUACUGUCUGUCAGUGUGUGUGUGUGUGUGUGUGUGUGUGUGUGUGUGAGAGAGAGAGAAAGCACUGCUCACAACUAGGUUAACAAGUCUUCUUAUGUUGCGAUGGUUAAACCAGGACUGGUUGGGAUUUAGUUUGCUGAAUAAUGAUUGAUGUAAUAACUCUCACUGCAGAGAUCACACAAACAUCCUCAAAACCAGGUCAAGACUUCUUCUCAGAGAAUAAGUAUGUUUGAAUCAAGUUGAGUUUCAUUCGUUUUGACCGCUUUGACUGGAACCACGGAAGCCCAUUUUUGCUAAAAAAUAAAAUAAAAAUCAUAUCUCACAAUUCAGACUUUUUUUUCUUGCAAUUCAUACUUUAUAUCUCAAUUGUGAGUUUAUAGCAUGUUUAAUUUAAGAAGUCAGAAUUUUGAGAUGUUAAGUCACUAUUGCGAGUUUAUAACAAUCCUGAAGAGUUAUAUAUAUUUUUUUAUUCUGUGACAAACAAAAUAACAGAAUUUCCAAAUAUCUAGAAUUUGAAAAAAGAUCUGAGAAAAAAGUCUGAAUUGCGAGGAAUAAACCCCCCUUAGAUUUAUGAUUUUAUAACUCACAAUUCUGAGAGUAAUAUAUAUAUAUAUAUAUAUAUAUAUAUAUAUAUAUAUAUAUUAGGAAAAAAAAAACAAUUGUGAAAUGUAAACUCAGAAUUGCUAGAAAUCAAAGUUAAAAAUCCUGAGUUUAUAUAUAUUUUUUUUCAUCUUGGGUUAAAAAAAAAGUCAGAAUUGUGAGAUAGAAAUACACUUUUUUUUUUUAUUAAUUUUUUAUUCUGUGGUGGAAAUGGGCUUCCAAAGCAAACAUCUUGUCACAUAAUAAACUAACUGCUUAUUUCUUUCACUGUUACUGUAAACAUAGAUGUGGACCAAAUGUAAUAAAUACAUAUAAUUAUUGA